AGCUGGUACAACGGGUUUCCACCCGCAGGUGCGGAAAAAACGUGACAAUCGAUUGUGUGCAACUUUUUUGCUUACCAUCCAAUCGGCCUCAAGUUAAUUUGAUUCUGGUGUGAAUGUCAUUCAAAAGGUGUUCCACAUUUGUUUAACCUAAUAGGUUUUUCAUGUGUUUCGCUUUUGGAAAUUCCACCUGACACUGUGGAAAUGAGUGGAAAAGUUGUAUACCAACUUUUUGAUGCCUCAUUCGAACUGGAUUGUCUAGAUAUAUCUAUAUUAUGUAUUGACUGUGAACGGGCAUUACGCAGUCGGUUCCAUUCGACUGCAAAGUGCCCUGUUUCUAUCCGUUGUUGACGGGGGGGCGGGGCAGUGGGCGGUUUAGCGUUCAAUGCGGAUGUCUCUCUCAGCGGUCGCGACGCCAGCUGUUUCCAUUCAAUUGCCAGCAAAUCAGCAAUCGGCGGCAAUCGGUAAUCGGUUAUCGGGAAUGGGCUAAUCCACAAUCGCGAUCCGCGACGCGUGCUGACAAAAACGUUUCUUUUGCGGCAAAAUUAGACGGAAAAUUGGAAAGCACACACGAAAAAAAAAAAACAAAAAAAAAAAAAACAGAGAAAAAGAAGAAAAUAAUUAUAAAUAAAACAAUAUUCGGCUGGGCAAGAGCAUUGAGCGCGACCGACGGGCACAGGUCGUAGCCAGCCACACAGAUGGCCAGAAAGUCAAAGAAACGUAUUUGAGCCAAAUUGAAAGGCCGUUGUUGCUGUUGUUGUUGUUUUGGUCAUGUUUUGUUUACAUUUUGGACAAUUACGCAGCCGAAUGUCGGCAAAAUCGAAUUGAAAAUUUACGAAAAUCAACAGCCGAUUCGUUCGGGCAAAUCAAAAACAAAUCAACAUUCAAACUGUGUGGAAACGGUUCGAGCAAAAAUCCAAAACGAAACCGUAUAGAAAAAUAAAAAUAGGAAAACAGAAAAAUGCAUUUGCCACAAGCAAUUAAGUGAAAAUGAAAAGUGUUAGCGAAAAUUGCCACUGAAAGCGAACAAAAAUCAUCGGAGCAAACCAAUAUACCAAUACAUACAUAUAUAUUUUUUUAUACUAUUUUUUUGUUGUUAUUGUUAAUCGAGUUGACAGUUGCUGCGCGUUGUGCCGUGUGGCAUGUCGCCUGCCUCUUGCAUGGAGAACCAAUGCAAGGGCAGCCUCUACAAGAAGUGCCCGUGUCCUGGCCCGGUGCAGCCAGCUGCCGUUGCCGUGGACACGCUCCCAGGCACGUGCCCAGCCGUGAACAUUGCAAUGCCAACGUCAGCGCAGCUGCCGCCAGUUAUGAUGACGCGCACCGCCAGCGUUGGCGGCGGUGGUGGCGGUGGCAGCGGCUUUGCUGGUGGCGCCGCAAAUGCGUCACGCCGCACCUCCCUCUGGCUGGAGACGCUGCGUCAGACCCGCAAGCUUUCCUAUGCCAACGAGCGCCCAGUGCUGCUCCGCAAGCCAGCGUCGACACUUUCAAUUCCUGGCUCGAUGAAAACACCUUCCAUUGCGAACCGGGAACAGAUCUCAUCUGGAUGCAACGAAGAAGCGGCCGAGGCACUUGUGGGUAUCCACUCAGACUACCCUAGGUAUGAAAUGUAUAUGGAAGAACGUGCGCUUACUGGCGGCAAUACGUCCAGGAAGCCAUCAACCAACUCGGCCAAACACAAACCCAAUGUGGGCUAUCGCCUGGGCAAGAGAAAAGCUUUAUUCGAGAAGCGUAAACGCAUUAGCGACUAUGCCCUUGUCAUGGGCAUGUUCGGGAUCAUCGUGAUGGUGAUUGAAAACGAACUGAGCAGUGCCGGCGUCUACACAAAGGCAUCGUUUUACUCGACAGCGUUAAAAACCUUAAUAUCUGUUUCGACUGUGAUUCUCUUAGGACUUAUAGUAGCUUACCAUGCUUUGGAAGUGCAGUUAUUCAUGAUAGAUAACUGCGCCGACGAUUGGAGGAUCGCAAUGACAUGGCAACGAAUUAGUCAAAUAGGGUUAGAACUUUUUAUAUGCGCUAUACAUCCAAUUCCUGGUGAAUACUAUUUCCAGUGGACGACGAAAUUGGCCAAUAAAAAUAAAACAAUUGGCACUGAAAUGGUGCCAUACGACGUAGCUUUAUCAUUACCUAUGUUCCUUCGAUUAUAUUUAAUCUGCCGCGUUAUGCUACUUCAUUCAAAGCUAUUCACAGACGCAUCAUCACGGAGCAUCGGCGCUCUCAAUAGGAUUAAUUUUAACACAAGAUUUGUUUUGAAAACACUAAUGACAAUAUGCCCGGGAACGGUUCUAUUGGUCUUUAUGGUCUCGCUGUGGAUCAUCGCAUCCUGGACGCUGCGGCAAUGCGAAAGAUUUCAUGAUGAAGAGCAUGCGAAUCUUUUAAAUGCAAUGUGGCUGAUAGCGAUAACAUUUUUGAGUGUUGGUUUCGGUGAUAUUGUUCCGAAUACGUACUGUGGACGUGGUAUCGCUGUCAGUACAGGAAUAAUGGGUGCUGGCUGUACAGCGCUACUCGUGGCUGUGGUAUCCCGCAAGCUGGAGCUGACCCGUGCCGAGAAGCAUGUGCACAACUUCAUGAUGGACACGCAGUUAACAAAAAGGCUGAAAAAUGCUGCGGCGAAUGUUCUUCGUGAAACUUGGCUCAUUUACAAACAUACAAGACUAGUAAAACGGGUUAAUCCCGGCCGUGUAAGAACCCACCAAAGAAAGUUCCUUCUAGCUAUAUAUGCGUUGCGAAAAGUUAAAAUGGAUCAACGCAAACUAAUGGAUAAUGCAAACACAAUAACCGAUAUGGCCAAGACACAAAAUACGGUCUAUGAAAUAAUAUCGGAAAUGUCUAGCCGUCAGGAUGCCAUCGAGGAGCGUCUAACAAAUCUAGAGGAUAAAAUGCAGAGUCUUCAAGAGCACAUGGAAAGCCUUCCAGAUCUAUUAUCGCGCUGCCUGACACAGCAUCAGGAGCGCAUCGAGCAACGACGCAACUUUCUACAUCCGGAUACAGCCGCCGCUGCCAUACAGCCCAUACAACCGGCCACGCCCCAAUCCAUGUUCAAUGCGGCGCCCAUGCUGUUCCCCCAUUCUAGAAGUGUACCCUCAUCCAAUAACGCCGCUGCUACUUACCAUUGGCCAACAAGCCCUAUUUUGCCACCUAUAUCUAGUAGAACACCACAUUUAGUGCCUGAUACUCACAUGCCAUCAAAUGGAUCUGCAGUUAAUAGCUACGCAUCUUCCAACAAAUACGGCAGCUGAAUAUCCGAAAGAGAGCGCUCCAACUCCGUGAUUAACAUCGAGAUGCAUAUAUUAAAACCAGCUAGAGCAACUACGUCAACAAUAUCAUCCACAUCAACAACAACAUUUACGUCAAUACCAAUGCCCAUGUCAAAGUCCAUGUCACCAACUCUGAUGGAGGUAGCGCUAAGGCAGCGUCUGCAUUCGCCAUCGUUGUCCGUCGAACCGGAACAGCUCUUCGAACUGAGCCAUUAUCAACAGACAUAUUCGCAUUCACAGCAGCAUUCGUAUCCGCAUCAGCGCACCCUGGAGAGCAUCAGCAUACCAGCCAUACCGGAGGAUGUCGAGAUCAUGACCAAUGCGAACAGCAAAGGUUCACCCGAUCCAAGUGCGCACCCGCAGCCCAUUCACGCGGGCAACAGCGGUGGCAACGCUGGCAUCUCCAUAGAGAUGGCAGCGGACAUAUCGAUAGCGCAACCGAUAACAACACAAAUCGAUAGCGAUGCCAGAACGAAUGCAACGAUGACGACGACGACGAAUGUCACAUCGAUUGCCACAAAGAUCACUGAGAAUAAGUUUACUAGGAAAAGAGAACGUGUAUGCAAUAAUAGUAGUAAUAGUAAUAAUAAUACAAAUAAUAGUAAUAUUAGUAAUUCUACAAGUCAAAUUUCGAACUCGGCCUUUUGUAAAUAAGCCUCUUCGAAAUUAGAAAAACAAAAGUCAAAC